UAAUAAAAUAGAAAAGAAGAGUGUUCCCUCUUCACUCUCAACUCCUCCCAUCACAGGUAUUCUCCUUCCUUCGCUUCUCAAGCCAAUUGUUGUUUUCGGGAUAUGGUGUUGUGAAUCCGCCUUCAUUCUCUUCCCCCAUUUGCGUAAAAGAUUUCAUUUUGAUUGAGAUUGUGUACUUUGUGUGUUUGAUUGCAAUGUUAGCUACCUGCAUUUUUUAUCCCUAAAUUUAAGUUCACGUAUCCGUUAUGCUUUUCUUCAAUGAAGUUGUUUUCGUGAAUUCGGAAUCUGAUUCUGAUUCUCAGUUGCUAUCCCGAUAUUGAUAUAUGGUGAGAGGGAAUAUAUAUCUUCAUGUUUGGUACUGUGAGUGCUUAGUGUGCUUUGAUCGUUCCCAUUUCUGAAGGCAAGGUCCUGUUAGCUUUAUUUUCUGUGUUCUUAGUUAGUGUUUCAAUCAAAUUGUUAUGGAAGUCCCCGCCCAGAAUAUAGUCACAUGUGAUGAAGAAAAAGCAUUAAAGUGCUUGCUUGAUGCCUUUGGCUCUGUAUUUUCGCUUGAGGAAAUAGCUUCUGCCUAUUGCAAGGCAAGCCGGAAUGCAGACUUGGCAGGAGAAAUGUUGUAUGAGAUGAAGGGGACCUCUUCAUCCUCUUCAAGCCAUUCAUCUAAUGCAGAUGCCAGGGUUGAAGAGACUUCAGGAACGUCUGAUGGAUAUUCUGUUGAAAACUCCUCCCACGAAAGAAAAAACUUAAGGGCGAAAGCUCGCUCAGUCUCAGUAGGUACUGUUUCAGGCACUAUUGGCAGGGAUUAUGUUAGGCCAGUGCCAUCUGCAAAUGGGUCUCAUGGUGCGACUAAGCCAGUAAAAAUGGAUGUAAAGGAGAUGCCCCUGACUGGAAUCUGCCGUGAAAAAGCAAGGCCAAAUGUUUCAAAGCAUAAUCAGCUUCAACAGGACAUGGAAGAUUUCUUAUUUAAAAUGCUUGGAAAUGGCUUUCAGCUUGACAGAGAUAUGAUACGGGGAGUUCUUGAAUCUUGUGGUUAUGAUAUGCAGAAGACCAGAAUCCACAACAUUAGUUUUCCACUUUUUUACUUUCAUUCAGUUUACAACCUCCUAAAUCUGAGCAUGUAUAGACUUCUAGAUCCAUCCAAUGUGACUUUUGACAGGACAGCUGUUGUUGGUGAUUCAGCUUCGAGGUUUACAGAUGUGAAACCAAAAUCUGAAUUAUCUUCAUCUGAAAGUAAGUCUCAUAAUCUAAAUCAUCUCAGAAGCGAUAGAACUGUAGCUUCAAACAAAGGAGUGGAAUCACAUCAAAAGCAGAAACAUAAAGAUGAACUUCAGAAGGAAAUCUUGUUUGCUCUUUUUAAAGGUUAUCAGCGAUGUGAGGAGGCUCCUAAAAAAACUGUAAAGGAUGUGAAUAAUAGUUCACGAUAUAAACAUGUUGUAUUUGAACCUCCGGAAGACACAAUGGAAGAAUAUAAGAUUGAUAUGGACUUCUCACUACGAGAUGCUACAAAUGGUACUUAUCCAGAUGUGGAGGAUGAAGAUUACCAGUGUGUGCGUAGAGCAGUGAAGGAGUACCGGGCCACAAUGAAUGAAUAUUAUAAAGCUGCUGUUGAUGCAUUUGCAAAUGGGGAUAAAUUCAAAGCUGAAAAACUUAUAGAUCAGGGAAAUUUUUUUCUCAAGAAGGCUCGUGAAGCUGAUGAAGAAUCUAGCAGAAUGAUUGUUGAACCCAAGACCUCAGAAGCACAAGAAAUGUUGCUCGACUUGCACGACCAUGGUUCAAGGGAGGCUAUACGUCUACUGAAGUGUCAUCUUUCUUCUCUUGCUGGCAUUCCGUCAUUUGAGUAUCUCAAGGUUAUCAUUGAUGCAAGUAAUCAAGAAAAUACCAAAGGGUCUCGCAGGCGGGCGAUAUUAAAACUAUUAGAACAGGAAGCUAUAAAGUGGAUUGAAGGAGAAACAGCUGGUACAAUAUUGAUCCGCUUGGAUAGCAUUGAUCGGAAAAAACUCAGUUUUCUCAAAACAUAGGGAAUAGCAAAGACUUGGAUUUUGAUCUAUAGGUCUGUCUCUGAUUUGUUAACAAAUCAUCCUCCAUUGAUUAUUGUUGAAAUUUGGAUUCAAGUGAGUCUUUUGGUGGUUUUGGCCCCCAUGUAGCUUUCACCAAAUCUUUGUUGUAACAUCUUUUUUGGAAAUGUAUGUGCCUCGAUGUAAUAGAUUUUCUUUAUUAUUUUUGGUUUUUUA